AUGUCGAAUGGGCCACCAAACUUCUUUCACAUUGUCUCUGAGUAUGUAGAACACAUUCUUCCAGCUGACAAUACAAUGAAGGUUCUCCUCGUAGAUGAGGCCACUCUUAACAUCAUUUCCAUGGCAUGUUCACAAACAAUGCUACUCAAAAGGGGUGUAUUUCUCGUAUCUCGCAUUGAUGAUCAUCAUCAACGGAAGUGCAUGAAAAACAUGCGCUGUAUUAUCUUCAUUCGCCCACAGUUAUCCAGUGUGGAAGCGGCCUGUCAAGAACUCCGCACUCCCAAGUAUGAAAGUUACGCCAUUCACUUCAGCACGGCGGCGGGGGCGGAGUUCCUCGAUCGCCUUGCCCGUGCGGAUGUGGAGAGUCUUGUCAACCGCGUGGGGGAAGUCUUCUGCGACUUCACGGCGGUGAACGGCGAUGCGUUUGUGCCGGCGGCCCCCGCGUGUGUUUUGCUGCCGGCGUUUCUCAGCGCCGUGGCGGUGCAGCGGGUGGCGGAGGGCGUCGCGGCGACUUUUGUGGCCCUGCGGCGCAAACCGCUGGUGCGAUUUGAUCAGAACAGUGCGUUUGCCCGGCGAGUGGCGACGGAACUUGCAGAGAUUUUAUCGAGAAACGCCGAGUUGUAUGAUUAUAAGAGUCGAGAUAGUGUGCUGCUUAUUCUGGAUCGCAGUAGUGAUACCUUAACGCCAUUGUUAACACCAUGGAUAUAUCAGGCAAUGCUGCAUGAACAUAUUGGAUUACAUCAUAAUCGUCUACAAUUGCCUGAAGGAGUAUCAGAAGAAAAGGAAUAUGUGUUUUCUCAACAGGAUGAUGACUUUUUUGCGGCGAAUAUGUUUGCAAAUUGGGGAGAACUAUGUAAUAAUGUUAAGGCAUAUGUGGAUAAAUGUAAAUCUACACUAAAUAUUGAUCGUUCUACAGCAACUAUGGAUGAAAUUAAAGAUUUUAUGCAGAGACUUCCACAAACAAAAACUUUAACUGGAUCUGUAACCAAACAUGCCACAGUGGUUUCAUACCUCUCAUCUAUUAUUAAAAAACGUGGAUUACUAGAUAUCUCAUUAUUGGAACAAGAUAUGGUUGCUACCCCUAAUGCAAGUGAUCACUGGAAUCGAUUACAGGGAUUUGUGGAAAAAUACAAUAGAGGUCUUACUAGUAGUAGUAUUAGUAAUAAUAGUAAUAAUAAUAAUAAUAGUGGUGAAUAUGUUGUGGAGACGAGAGAUCUUUUUCGUCUUUGUCUUAUUUAUCACUUACGGUAUGAAAAAGCGAAUCAAACUUCUCGUGUAGUAUCAAUAUUAGAAAAACUUGGUCCACAUUAUGUGAAUUGUUUACGUAAACUUCAACAAUACCGUAGUGAUAAAUCUACGGAUGAACUUUUUGGCGCUACAGGAGUAAUGGCAUCUAUUGUAAAAACCUUUGUGGAUGUAGGGAAUAUAUAUACCCAACAUGAACCUGUUUUAAAACGAAUCCUUUUACAACUUUUUAGUGGUAAACUCCCAUUAGAUCAAUACCCGUAUUUAACUCCCCCGCCUUCUUCUUCUUCUGCACUCCAUACAAAUACUGCUAAUUCAACACAAAUGUCAUCAUCUCCAUCAUCAUCAUCCUCUUCUAAUUAUAAACCAAAAGAAGUGACAACGUUUAUGUGUGGAGGUUUUACAUAUGAAGAGGCGGCGUUAGUGAAUGCUAUUAACACAGGCACAGCGUACACGGGAUCAGCGGCUAACAAUCUCGCCUCUGGUGGUGUACGGGCCGCAAUUGGCGGAACAAAUGUAUUAAACAGUGAAGAGUUUCUUACCUUGCUUUCUACACACCCGUAA